GCAUCAUGCAUAUCUCUAUUCAAUCUUUCAAUUGAGAAUAAUCAAUCUACUUUGGAUAGCUAAGCUUGUUGUAAUUUUAUAAAAUUCUAACCUUAAAUCCAGUCAUUUGAAAUCCACUAAUCCAAAUGGAGGAUUGGACAUUGUUUUUGUGAGUGUUUCUCUUUGACAAGUGUAAUGUUGGGUGCAGCCAGGACACAAAACAGGGUUUGUACAAGGAUCCCAGUUCCAUCCGGGUAGUUCGCCGGGACAACCUCUGCAAGGGAUGCAAGGAAUGGGAAUGGUACCUCUCAACUUGAGCUCACAAAUUAGAGCAAAUGGGUCACUUGUAUAUGCCCCACAACAAAGGAUAAACCAGGUGCAAAUGAGACCGCAAUUAUUCCAACAAACUCCCCUAUCCUCAAGUCAGGGCUCUUUGUCACAGCAACAAUGGUUGAAGCAAAUGUCUGCAAUGUCUAGUCCAAAUUCUCCUUCAUAUUGGCUUUGACCUCAGAUGCAGCAGCAAGUACUUUUGCAUAAUCAGUUGCCUUUUUCUCCUCAAUUGCAGCAAACUUCUAUGGCAUUGAACCCACAGCAGUUCUCCCAACUUGUACAGCAGCAUCAACCAAUUUUGCACCCGCAGCUCCAUCAGCAGCAACAACAGCCACAGCCACAGCCACAGCCACAGUCACAACCACUGCCACGGCCACGGCCACACCAGCAACAGCACCACCGCGUCCAACAGCAACAGGUUUUGAAUCAACAGCAGUCUCCCAGGAUGGCAGUGCCUGCUGGCCAAACGUCUCUAAGUUUGACCAGAACGCAGCCAGAUGCUACAGCAUCUGGGACAACUACUCCAGGGGGGGAGUUCAAGCCUAGGAACAGAAGCAAGCAAUUGACUUGUUGGGAAGAGAAAAAUACAGGAUUUGGUUUCACAGGUGGAUCCACGAAGAAUGCUGGAUCCAGAAGUUGAAGAUCUUCUUUUGGAGAUUGCUGAUGACUUCAUUGAUUCAGUGAGGCUUGCUGACACUAACUGCUUCAAAUUUGCAUGCACAUUGUCUUUUUAUGCCUCAGAACAUGCAUGUUUUUGCUUUGCUUCAGCAAGGGCACAUGUUUGUAGGCAUGGUGCUUAUUUUUUUCUUUCUUACUCACUCUUCUUCCAUUUUUAGAUUGGUCCAAGACUUAUGCUUUUCAA